AAACCAGUUCGCGAACGAGAAAUCGGCGCGCAGCGCGCCGCGACACCGCAUAAAUCGCCCGGGCCCGACAUGAGUGACGUUAACUGCUGCUAACACGCGUGGGUGUGACGCGCUCUGUGGACCACACAGUGGCCCGGCAGUUUCCCCCCUCCCCCCCUCCGGCUUAAUUCCCUUUCGCACACUCCCUGUGCCCUCCUCGUCUUCUCGCCGGCGCGCUCUUUCGCGUCGAGCUGGGUCGGCGAGCCUGACGGUUAACGCGCGACUGAAGGGAUAAUUACAGUGCAGUUAUAAUAAUUGCAGCCGUGUAAUUACCGAUAAUUACGACAGCGACAUGUACAUAAAAUGAUCGUUAAAUCGACGUCUUUUCACUUGAGGCCGAUGAUCGCUCGAGAGAGACGUCGGCUCGUACAACACCUCUAAGGGUCUGCAAGAAGGAAUCCGGCGAGGCUCUUUUUUUUUAAUUCGCCACUGCCACCUCCCUGAGUUUUAAAUGCCUGGUAAAUUAUUUCGAUUGCUUACUCAGGACGAAUGAAUCUUGAGGGGCCUCGUAAAAUUCGUACCCUUGGCGUGUAUGUAUUUUCACUCGCGAAUGCCGCGCCGCGUAUUCCGCUACUAUUUUCGUUGCACACUUUUGCCACCUCCCAGGUUUCGUGCUUCCCUUUCGUUGCAGCAAGCUGCGUUAAUCUGCUUUAUUUAGUCUGAACGAAAAACGCGGCGGCAGCAAUAUAUUUUUGUAUAUAUAAUUUCCAAGCCUUCCCAGUUAUUACGCGCAUUCCGCAAAAUACCAAUGCUUCAUUCCAUCCUCUCGUUCCUAUUCUCUUUCUAAAGCUUUUUAUCUAUCGCUAACUCUUCCACACGCGGAAAGAACGAUUUUGCUGGAGGGUCUAAAAAUUUGCUAAAUACAGAUCUGAAAGUAAUUCUUGCUGAAUCAUCAGAAUAGUGUUGUUGGAAAGUCAAAAAUGAUAAACAUUUUUAAUUAUUUUAUAUUGACCAACAAAAUUAUUUUGAUUGUAUAUAUAAUAACAAAAAUUACUUUCAGAUCUGAAUCCAGCAAAAUCGCGUUCUUUCCGUGGCACUUUUCGUUUCCGCACUCGAGACAUUAAUUGCUUUCUAUUUCGUGAAUUUUACGAUCCUCCCCCCUCCCCCCUUGAGGGGUCCUCAGCAUGUUCCCUAAAACCGUGUCUCAUAAAUAUCUUUAAUUAGAUAUCAUCUUCUCUUGUGUAAUAAACUCCAUCCGCCGUUUUAUCGGGUGUUCAGAGACACCCGAGCGACAGAACGGGGCAGAACAAAGCGGAUUAGCGAAAGAGUUGAGAGGGAGAGAGGGCUUCUCGCUCAAGAACGCGUGAUUUUCAAUCUUUCUCUAUAGGUGCGGCUUUUUCCCGCGGUUCUCGGCGCGAAAAAAAAAAUCAAAAGAGAGAGGAAAGCUCGAAAAAGAAACUGACUAUUUUCUAGCUGACUAUACGACCCUGCUGAAGCUGAAGGCGCCCACGUGGACGCGACACGAUCUCCAGGAGGCGAUCGAGGCCGUGGUGACACAGAAGAUGCGCUUCACCCAGGCGUCGACCAAGUACGGCAUUCCCAAGGGCACCCUCUACGACAACAUCCUCGGCAAGUCCAAGAGGAUGAUGAUCCUCGAGGAGACCGCCCUCGAUCCGGGCGAGGAAACGGCGGUGCUCGAGUUCUGCUGCGACAUCAGCGUCAGCCCGUACAAUCGGCGGACGAAGAAGUCCCUGAACGCGAUACUGAACUUCGUCGAGCGGCUCAGGCGGAAGCACGACCCCGGCUUCAUGUUUACCGGGCUGUCGGGCUUCCGCUGGUGGUGGGCCUUUUGCAAGAAGCACUCGAUAGUCUCGCUCUACGUCAACGACGAGAACGAGAACGGUGCCGAUUCCUCUUAACGUAGCCCGCGAUCCGAUCCGUCGAGAGAAUUGCCGGAGAGAAAUUGAUCGCGGAGAGACGUGGUUUUAUAUUUAAAAAAAAAAAGAUUAAAAUAACCUUUGUUUUGCAAGAUCAAACGUGAUGUUUUGUACGUUCCAGGUUUCGCGCGGCGCGACAAAUCUUACGGCACGCGUCGAAUCUUUAUUUAUAUCUACUGAUCUUAUUUUCUUUUUCGUCGCACACAGAUAUAACAUUCGCGAGCAAUUUCGUAGUAUACUUGCGAGAUCGUAAAUCGGUGAAAAUUUGCCUCGUCUACUCUUUUCUUCCGACAGAGAAACGACGAGUACUCGAUCUUUUCGACGGACGUUGAUGUCUCUUUAUUAAAAGUAGAAUCGCCCGCGAAGGUGUAACCAGAGGUGAGAUUCCGCCGCGUGCAGUCUCUCUCUCUCCCGAUUGUCGCGAGACUGCGAGACUCGUCGGCCGCGGGAAAUACGACGGGGGAGGGGGGGAAGGUCGCGGCGGUCCCUCUGUCUCGCGCGGAGGGACGGAGAAAUGAAGAAAAAUGUGGAAACAAAAUUUAAUGUCCCGGCGACAACGAGUUCAUUCGGCGUGGACAUUAAGGUAAUACGGGGAUACGCGGUGAGCCGGAUUUUCCGAGCGACGCCGCUCUGGCCGACACCUCGUGAUACGCUAACUUGCAGUCUCGGACCGCG